GCCGAUUUGUGGUGUCAAAACUCGAGGCGAAGCGACAGCUGAAGAAUGUUAGCAUAAAGCAAUUACAACUAAAGUCCAGCUUUACAAUAUGAAUGACUCGAAGAUUUCCAUCCAAACAAAGCCCCUACUUGUACUUCUGGACUUAUGGCCAACGAGAAAUGGCUCUCGAUCUGUGAUGUCAAAGCAGGAGGCGUCCACCAUUCUGUUUGCCUUUCCAAUUAAAUUCGUGUCAUCUUCUAGCCUCAGGCAUAUUCUUCAAUCAAGGUUGCAGGCUUUCAAUUUGAACUGUCAAAAUCCACCGACUGGCAAUAUGUUGGGCGAUGCGUGGACUUCACACUCAAAGCAACGCUCACGGCUUCCACCCCCCUGUCACUCAAGGUUCGAGCUCCACAUGUCAGCUCAGUACCACAUAUGAUAAUCUUGGGGUCAAAAGUCUCAAAGGAAAGCAACUGUACGUCUUACACUGGAAGUUCACUGUCUAAUAUAACCGCAAGAACCAACAACGCUGAAUUGAAAGACGACUUAAAAAUCGACUUGGGUACUGUAACAGUCACUGGAACAUGUGUCAUGUACUUUGAUUUCAAGUUUCAGCUAAUAUCACAUACUAGCUUUUCCAACGGUGCAGUUAUUUGGCCUGGUUUUGCUGUCCAAUAUAAAGAUGAAGCAGUGUUUGCUCUUCAACAUGGCGUGAAAACCAUGUCAAGCAAUUCCCCUCAACCGACUCUCAACGUCAAAGUCGAACCGGCUCAACCUGUUUUUGAUGCCAGCCAAUCCAAAAUGGUUGUCAGAGUCAAGGUUUCACACGACUGUCUUCGUACCUUGGCAAAGGCGACCAGUGCUGAAGUAACCAUCGACAAACCACCUUCUUUUACGUACAGCAAAUUUACAAAAAAUACUGGGUCAGUUGACGUAACUAAGAAAGCCGUGUCUGGUCUUGUUUUCCAGAUCGGAGUGAUGGACUUUCAGCAAAUAAUGGAUAUUGAUAUAGAGUUCACUUUUACCCCCUCGAGCUCCAAGCAAGGGCGUGACCUUGAAAAUGUCGUUUUUUAUGCUGACGUCAAAGCUCAGGGAUCAGGAUCGUGUGCGAGUGAGGUUCAAGACUAUCCUAUAUGUGAUUCUUUCUCGGCCGGCGGCGCAAUUUAUAGGCCAUUUCAAACAUGUGAUAGCGCACCUGGAAGCGGGAAUGACAACAUUGUGUACGAAUCUUUCUAUGCAUCGUCCUACAGCAACCAAGGUCAACCAGAACAGGGAAAAUUUAGCAGUCCUGGAGCCUGGCAGCCAAGUAACUCACUCAAGACCAAUCUUCGACAGUACCUCGAGGUCCGCUUUACUUCACUAGUAAAACUUCGUCGUUUUGCUGUCCAAGGCCAGUGCGAUACUAGUGGGUAUGAUACAAAUAGGUAUGUCAAAGCAGUUGAAGUCUAUCACACCGUUAAUGGUGCUACAUGGAAACCAGUCAUGGAGGGAAGUCAUAUUAAGGUUUUUCAAACUAACAGAAAGUGCCAAGGAACCACGAUUGUUCCUUUGCCUUAUGACAUUGAAGCCAAGUUCGUUCGCGUCCGCCCAGUGGACUUUGAAAACGCUAUCGCGAUGAAAGUCGAGUUCUAUGGCUGUAAAUCCAGCACAUCUGUGAAAGCUCCUCCAAUCGAGAUCCCGCAACGAUCCAUGAUAUCAUAUUCAGAUAAAAUCAUUGUUUGUAGCUCUGGAAUGAACAGAGAAAUUGGUGAAUCGAGCUGUCAUUUUACAAAUGCAAGCGAUGGACAGACGUGGCAAGCUUUGCACUUCAUGGUCCGCUAUGUCGCAUUCUACAACAAAGCCACCGACAAACUCUAUGGUCUUGGUGGACCAGAGGGAAUCAUUACAUUCCAAAGCUCGUCCACAAUUGAGGAGCCUUGGGAUGUCAUACCAAAGAUCGAGUUCACGAGCAGAAGAGCUGCGAGUGGAGACGUCAUUACUUUGGCUAUUUCUAACGACACUGUCGUGAUCAAUGAUGACGAGUCUUCGCUGUUACCAGGCUCUUACGAUGUACUCCCCGACGUUGACAGCUUUACAUAUGGAUUUUCGGGUAAAGGAGUUCAUUCCUCCAAAGAUAAAGGAUCGAGCUGGAGCUUGAGGGCCACUUGGUGGUGAAAAGAUCCGACAGAAAUGUCAUUAUUGACCACUUCACAAGAUUUCACUACUCGUCGGAUGCAUGCACUAUAGGCGUACUGAUGGUAAAAUACUUACUGAAAAAACCUUUGAGUCGCGGCCGUUAUAAACCUUCAGUUGUAAUUUCGAUAUGUUUAAUAAUGAACAGCACUCUUUUCAACGGAUAGACUCAAUUUCGCAUUGAAACUUCGUUCUCUUUUUAAAUUGCAUCCGCCAUCUUGAACUUUUUUUGAUACCAUGAUGCACUUCGGCAAAACAAGCAUGUCGUCAUUAGAGGAAAAAGCUGAUCUUUCUCCCGGAAUAACCUACUUCUAAGCACUAUAACUUUCCUCUAUUUCU